GGCCGCCACCUUCUUCUUCAUCCUGAGCGCCUACUUCGUGGUGCUGCCGCUGCGGGACGAGGGCGCCAUCUCCCUGGGGCUCGACACUCUCCCGGGCCUCUUCGCCGGCUCCCUCCUCCUCACCGUCGUCGCUGCCCCCAUCGCCUCCCUCGCCUUCUCCCUCCCCUCCAUCCCCAAGCCCAAGGCUUUGAUGAUGAUACACAGGUUUUUCAGCAUAUCUCUUCUUGCAUUUUUUGUGCUUUGGUAUACCUCUACACCAGGGCAGUCCGGACCUACCUCCCAGUCAAGUGAAGGAGGUUCAGAUAAACCUGCAGGAUGGAGAAACCAGAGCUGGUUCUACAUAGUUGUGAGAAUAAGUUUGUUCCUUUGGGUUGCUUUGCUAAAUCUCAUUACCAUAUCGUCAACUUGGGCAAGGGUAAUUGAUGUCAUGGACAGUGAGUCAGGUUCAAGGUUAUUUGGUUUUAUUGGAGCUGGUGCUACGCUAGGGCAACUUUUUGGUUCAUUGUUCGCUGCGAGUAUGGCAUGGCUGGGACCAUUUCUGCUCCUAUUUUCUUCACUCUUGAUGGAACUUGCUGCCCUGUCAUCAAAAGGAAUUUGUCUUGAUGGAAAUCAUGCUUCGGCUGAAUUACAUCAAACAGGGGCAGGACAAGCUCCUAAUACCAUGGCUGAUGAUGAAAUUUCUUCACUAGUCACUUCACCUAGACAACCUGUCCAAUCUCAAGAAUCCAAACCUGAACUUUUCAUAAUGUUUGAAGGUUUCUGGCUGAUCUUGCGAUCACCCUACCUGAUAUACAUAUCUCUGUUUCUUUGGUUAAGUGCAGUUGUCUCGUCUGUAUUUUACUUUCAGAAAGUGACGAUAGUUGCUACUACAAUAUCAAGCCCAACAGCCAGAAGGAGAACGUUUGCUCUGAUAAACAGCUUUAUAGCAGUUUUUAUUCUUGCGGGACAGCUCACUUUGACGGGUCAUAUUCUUACAGUAGCUGGUGUCACAGUUGCUAUCUGUGCAUCUCCCUUUGUUGCUGCCUCAAAUUUGGUUGCCCUUGCUGUAUGGCCAACUUGGGUUGCCGUGGCUGUCACUGAAACAAUUAGAAAGGUAACAACUUAUGUUUUGACAAGACCUGGAAGGGAGUUAUUAUUCACUGUUGUCUCACAGGAUGAAAAAUACAAAGCAAAGGUCUGUAUAGAUGUGAUUGUCCAGAGGCUUGGUGACGCAACAGCUGCUGGAAUUUACAGGUGGUUGUUCAGUAGCCUUGAGAAGAAAACAUCCAAGGUCACCCUGUUUGCAUUGCCGCUCUGCUUCCUGUGGCUUGUCAUUGCAUUUCACUUGGGCCGGCUGCAGACUAAUCUUGCCAGGCUUCAGGCUGCUUCUGCUCCGUCCUACUCCUGAACAGGAAGCUGCUGCGAGUGUCUUUGGAGAUGUGCUUCCAGAAUGUUUGAACAGGCAUGGCGAGAAGUGGUUGUCAUCAAUAGUUAGUUACUUAGUUUACACGUCUUGCAGGAAUUUCAGGUUUUAUUGAUGGAGAAACCUUCAGAAUACAGUAGCAACCAUUACUACACUACAGAAGAGUUUAGCAUACACAAGGGGGGAGAAAUAGUACACCAUAGACAUAGACUAGCACACUAUAUACAAAUUCAAUAUCCCAUUUCGAUGUGCACUGCAGGAAACUGUAGCAUGCAAUCUGUGAGUUUAUUAUAAAUGAUGUAGUAGUAGGGCCGGAUUUGUUGGGCACUGCUCUGCCUUUGGAACUACUGCUGUCCUGACAGACACUGCAUCAUUCUGCAUUUCACCUACCCCAGUUCCCAGACUAAAUGGCUGUAAAGACAGAUUCAU